AUGGCUCCCGCCGCCGCUGUCGCCGCCGGCGGGCCGUCGAAAUCUCGGUUGCUCGUGGCGGACUUCGCGAUGUCGUUCAUGUGGGUGUGCUCGAGCCCGUUGCUGAAGAUGUUCGUGUUCGAUGUUCUGGGGAUGCGUUCCCACGACCCGGUGUCCGAAAUCGUGAAGUGCGCAUGCUCGAUUACCAACAUGUUCUUCUUCGCCUUGUUGGGCCAAGUCAGCAGAGGCGGGACUUACAAUCCUCUCAACGUCUUGUCCGACGCUGUUUCUGGGGAUUUCCUCCGGUUUCUCUUCGUUUUUGGCGCUCGAAUCCCUGCCCAGGUUUGUUAA